CUGGUGCGGCUGGACUCAUUUUCUGUGUACUGGAAUAGCAGAAGUGAUUUACUGCUGGAGAAAUCUAAGAAAACUAUUUUGAGUGUUUUGGCAGAUAGCAUCCCAAAGCUAGGAAGCAAGUCAGCCCACCAACAUUUGUUUCAGCCAAUCUCUGCAGUGGCACAUCUGCGCUUGAACACCAAACCUGAACUGAUGAACCUGGCCCUGCCCAAAAUACAGCUGACCUUAGUGUUUGAUGAAAUUACAGUCAACCUCUCUAAAGAUCAGUUUGAUGACAUUCUAGAAAUGUUGGAGUCACUAGAGAGGAUGGCUCUACGUAGUAAAUACAUGGCAACCAGACCAAAUGUACCAUACAGUGGCAGUGCCAGAUUAUGGUGGAAGCAUGCGUAUGCUGUUGUUCUACGGCAUACAGUGCAGCGCAGACGCAAUAUGUGGAAGUGGAACAACAUGAAAAAGCACCGGGAGAAUUUGAAGGAGUAUAGAGAACUCUAUACUCAGAAGCUGACCACCAAAACACUCGGCAGCAGAGAGAUGGAGGCAAUUGCUUACAUUUUAAUGUCACUGAUAUCUUUGAACAUCUUUAAUGUCACUGCAGAGCUAGUCACUGAUGCUUUAAGAGAGAAAAUGGUUGCCAGAAUGGACAGAAAACGAGAAAAAAAUAAAGUCACAAAAUGGUUUCGUAGUUGGUUCAGUAAAAAAGAGACAGAAGAAGACAUCAUCCCAAUAACAGAUAAAUUCAGUGAGGAGUUCACAGAUGAUGAAAAGGGCAAACUGUACAAGGCUAUUGGCUAUGAUGAGAGUGCUAAUGAUCCCACCUAUCCUACAGAGUUUGUGUCAGUACGCCUAGUUGUCAAGCUGAACAAGCUGUCGGCAGUGCUCAUGGGAAAGAAAUAUAAAGAGAACCCCCUGUUGAAAAUGAUGUUGACAGAGAUCUGUGCUAGUUUUGGCCAGAGACCUGCAGCUAAUGCUAUCAGACUUGAUGUCAAGGUUGACCAGUUGAUUGCCAUUGGCGCCCCACGUUCUGAUUAUACACCAAAGUUGAUCAACUCUGUAGGAGUGUCCAAGGAAGCCAACAUAUCUUUGUUUACUGUGUCCUUGGAAACCAACCCUCUGGACAACCUGUGUGAUACUAGACUUCGAAUCAGUUCCAGACCUCUUGAGAUAAUCUAUGAUGCUGUCACAGUCAAUGCACUAGCUACAUUUUUCAGACCCCCAGAAUCAGUUAAAUUGAAACAGUGA